CUAAGCACCACACUUCCCCCAUUCGCCUAACUCAGACUACGCCCCCUCUUGCAUUUUGCAUUGAUUUAUCAUUGAGGGAGGAACAGUUCCCCUUCCCUUAUUGUAUCUCCGUUCUCCCUUUCCCGCAUCUCUCGCUCGCCUUCAUCCUAUUUCACACCCUUUGUCCCUCCCCCUGGGUUUGUUAUUCACCAAGAUACGAUUUCCGAGUGGCUUCCCGUCCCUUCUCAAUAUUAUUUUCACCGGUUUGUGUGGGAUUAGGGGGAGCAACACGUCGCGUUUGCCAGGUUCCUUGCUCGCCGGGGAGGGCUCUAAUCGCCAAAUAUAGCCCCUGGACUCGACUCUCGACGGCUGAGCAGACCGUGACGGCUGCCGAGUGUGUUGGAGUGAAGCAGUAGGUCAGGAGAAAACCCCCCCCCUUCGGAUUUCCAGAAUUCCUUUUCUCGGUACUAUCCUUCACCAGACCUCGCCUCUCGUUUGCUCGCCUUGAAUCGUUUCCGACGCUUCCGAUUUACUACACCACGCCAACCAUUGCUACACUCUUUUGCCACAGCUUCCUACGAGUCGGUAGCAAUCUUGCUUUACAAAGGUUCCCCCCCAUUGACAGGUACCUAAUUUUUACAAUAACACUGGCCGCAUCAACACCGCUCCGUCCCGGUUUUCCUUCUAUUCGUCCACGAUGACGGGGAAACCUCCGUCGCCCACCGCGACGAAACGUUUGCGAUGGGCAACCCAGCGGGUUCCUGGGGUGGAAGCCGUACGGAAGAGGGACACGAUAAUGAGGGCUUUAUCAAUCUCGCGAAGGUCACCGGAAAAGAUGGAGG